AUGGCGUCGCACGCGUCGCGCCCGCGGAAGACGUGAAGCCUGCGGCCGAGCGACGAGCGCCGCGAGCGGGGCGGAGGAAGGUGGAGGAAGGCGGAGGAAGGCGGAAAGGCAGGAAGGCAGCGGCCGCGCGAGAGAGAGAGACCGAGUCGAGGCGAGAGACGGACAGGCAGGCAGGCAGACAGGCAGGCAAGCGCAGGCUUAGGCUCGGCCAGGCAGACGAGAGGGGCGAGAGCGGGUCCCGCGGUACCCCGGGUGAGCGAGCGGCGCGAACGAGGACGACCGUCCUGCGGACUCCAUGGGCUCGAGAAGACGAGCCCCUUUGUGCCGGUGGUAGUGACCGUUAGUGGCCGCCAGUGGCCGGUGGCGCGGCCAGUGCUAGCUGCGACGACGAGGCGAGCCCGCGCACCUCGGGGCGCCCCCCGGGUAAGUCACGCACCUCUCUCGAUGCCUUUGUUCGUCGCGCCUCGGCGCGGUUUCGACUCGACCUCGGUGGCGACGGACACGGCGGGGUGCACUCGCUAACGCCGGCCCGGCCAAGGAGGAGCGCCGCAGCGCGGCGACGUCGGCGACGUCGGCGACGGUUGCGAGGAACGCUCGAGAACGCGAACUCGGUUGGCUCGCCGGCUCGAGAUGCGCGAGUUCAAGGUAGUGGUGCUGGGCUCGGGCGGGGUGGGCAAGAGCGCGCUCACCGUCCAGUUCGUCUCGGGGUGCUUCAUGGAAAAGUAUGACCCCACCAUCGAGGACUUCUACAGAAAGGAGAUCGAGGUGGACAACUCGCCCUGCGUCCUGGAGAUCCUGGACACCGCGGGCACCGAGCAGUUCGCCAGUAUGCGCGACCUGUACAUCAAGAACGGUCAGGGCUUCGUCGUGGUGUACAGCUUGACGAACCACCAGACCUUCCAGGACAUCAAGGCGAUGAAGGAGCUGAUAACCCGUGUCAAGGGAACGGAGAGGGUGCCGGUCCUCCUCGUGGCUAACAAGCUCGACCUCGACCACCAGCGAGAGGUCGACGCCGCGGAGGGGAACGCCCUGGCCCAGCUGUGGAGCUGCCCCUUCGUCGAGGCCUCCGCCAAGAACCGCACCAACGUCAACGAGAUGUUCGCGGAGAUCGUCAGAGAAAUGAACUUCAGUCCCGAGAAGGAAAAGAAGAGCUACUGCAACUGUUGCAGCAUCCUUUAAUACUUAAUCAAACUCCCGGUUGGGCCGAUCGGAUCGCGUCGAGCGUACGAGCCCGGAGGGUGUCACGACACCCGUCGUCCUGGACUGGCCUGGCCGGGCUGUGCUGUGAACUCGACGACUCGUAAGGAUAAUUAGAGGUGAGACGCGCUCAGGUAUGGGGAUCGUGCCAGCGAAUGAACUCGACGCGCCGUAUUGCUUUUUCUACUCGAUGAAUCGUGGCCGUCGGUGACUGCGAACAAAUAUUUUAAUAUACGAGCGAAUAGUAUUAUAUAUGUAAUAUUAUUGUAAUAUAUAACGAUAGACUUAAGUGGGCAACGAAAAGUGGAAGUCCAGGGAGAAGGACCAAAUUUCUGUGGAUAUUCGCGGAGGGUGGCGGAACUACCCUGUGUCGGUUGUCGGCUGUUCGCGGCAAUACCAAACUCGAGUGUUGUCGGCUCUCCGCGUGAUUCGACGAAAGGAUAACGGGAAGAUACGUUCGUUGAGCGUUCGUCCAUUCUCAGAACGAGCCGUUACUAUUCUGAAGAUUAGGUGCUGACAGAUAGAGCGUUAAGUUUGGCUCGAGAGCAUUGCAGGGACUGCCAUGGUGGUCGGCUUGUUUCGUCAAUGGUGUUACUAGAUUCGAGGCAAAGAAAGUAUAGGGUAUCAUUCUAAGGCAAAGUAUAAGAGAAUAUCGUUUUACUUAAGACUCGUUCUUGUAUCGACUUAAGCGAAAGGUAGUCCCAAAAACUUCUACACCGAUUUCAUACGCGGUACGAGAGAGAGCUUGUCGAUUCUAGACGUAAUCUUUGCAGUGAUAUUUUCUAAAAGUUUAUUACUUAUUAUUAAUGUAUCUAAGGUCUCGUCGAAACGCGUAUCCGUGCGACCACGUGCGAAGUGUCACCCAUUCGCCGUUGGUCAACAAACGAAGAACAUCCAAAAUUAUAAUUUCCAAGCGAAUCACUCGAGCCUUGUAACUGCUCGAUGGACGAACAUCGUGGAACUUUAUAGGUCAAUUCUUGCAUAGCAAUUAGUUGUGGUGUUGCAACAGGUAGUUGCUUGUUUGCACCCGAGAUUAGACAUAAAUCAUAUGUGUUUUUCUAUUAAAUAUCAGCAGGUCGGUGAUAUCGAUACAGUGUCCGAUGCUCGUAGCGAGUCGAUAACACCGUAGGAAAUUCUGGACAUAGGAGAAUAAUCGAAUAGUAGCCUUUUACAAUUGAAUGAUACAAAAAACUCAGAUCUGUGGUGUAUUUAUACCGUCUCGUUUUAUCAUAAUUUUUAUAAUUUAAGGUAUCGGCACAAAGAUAAAGUUAACACGUUUUAUACGAGUGCUCACCAGUGUACCGAUUCAUUAAAUCACGAAGCAUUAGAACCUUGGGGAGUAUUUGCAGCUUUGUAGAAGCACGCACCCUCUCUUGGGUAUCGACUGUCAGCACUAGGCAACUUGUAGAAAAAAAAAAAAAAAAAUGCGAUGCUCCCCUAGGGCAAUGCCAGAUCAUACGCUAAUUCUCUUGUACCAUCGAAAUCAUGUUUGCUGUCGAACGCCGUUUGGACACCAUCGAAACAGUCAUUACAUAAGCUCGAUAUAAUAUUAUUUAAUAUACAGUGUCGGAAUUAUGUCUGUCGCAGUGAUCACCGUGCCGUGUGUCUCACGCGUCGAGUGUUCGUAUCGUUGCAAAAUUACUUUGCUCCUUUUAACGAGAGAAAUACAUUGUACCACCUUCCGUCAGAUCUAUUUAUACUUGGCGAAGCCUGCCAGCACUGCGAGUCCUUCGGGACGGUCCUAUCCGCUGGGUCUUGCGUAGGCCACGAAAAUGCUUUAUCUCGUAUUAAGGGAUUCUAAACGCUUGCCCGAAAUAACAGCUGAUCUGUGUAGUGUUUUGAUGCUCUCUCGCUAAGGUUAGGAAAGGGGUUAGAGGAGAGGUUAGGGUGGACUUGACAGCUCGACGGGGUGCGCGCGACGCGGAGCCAAGUUUUGCAUCUGUCCUUAGUUACUUCGGCACCUUGUCGGUCGCACUCUUGUCCACUCGCCUCGCCACUUCGUAGUCUCGCUGUGAUCCCGUAGACGUAAUCGCGUCUUUAUCGGACUCGAUAUCGGCUCGAUAAUCGCGAGAUACGAUCGCGCGCAUCGAGACCUUCCACGUGGUUAGACGAGUCGUGCAGGCCGCCGGAAAAACGCAGUUACCCGCUCGGCCGACGGAGAUAGGGGAAAGCCUUUCCUGUAAAAGUUGUCCCCGGGAACGCGCCGGACAACUUUCGUAAGAAGCGUUUCGCGAUACCAUUCGCCGAUAAGGCGGAAAGCUGCAUUUUAGCCCGAUGGGAGCGGCCGACCCACGUGGCUCGUUUCGGCAUGAGCGAUUGGCACGUCUCUCCGCGCUACGGGUCACAAAUCGCAGACAUAUCGCCCGGAGUCGUCUCCCGUAGGGAAAUCGAAGGUACACGAGGAUGUUUCGGGGAAAAUGUUUGUAAUCGCUUCUCUAGAUAUCGGCGCGAGGCGCUCGCUUGGCUCUCUCGCCCUCCACACCGA